GCUCAGCGAAUGCUGUGGAAUGGAAGAAUAUCUUUUGUUUCCUAAAUGCCAUUAUUUUCCACACAGCACUUACAUUGCUACACAGACAUUUUUUAUUCUCUUUCGCAGGCUAUCGGCUGUACUCUGAACUGUAGUUGCCAAAGCUUCAAACCUGGGAAAAUAAACCACCGUCAGUGUGAGCAGUGCAGACAUGGAUGGGUGGCACAUGCUCUAAGUAAGCUGAGGAUUCCCCCCAUGUAUCCAACAAGCCAGGUAGAAAUUGUCCAGUCCAAUGUGGUGUUUGACAUUAGCAGCCUCAUGCUGUAUGGGACCCAGGCCAUCCCUGUGCGCCUGAAAAUCCUCCUGGACCGACUCUUCAGCGUGUUAAAGCAAGAUGAGGUGCUCCAAAUUCUCCAUGCCUUGGACUGGACCCUGCAGGAUUACAUCCGUGGAUAUGUGCUGCAGGAUGCAUCAGGAAAGGUGUUGGAUCAUUGGAACAUCAUGACCAGUGAGGAAGAAGUGGCCACCUUGCAGCAGUUCCUUCGUUUUGGAGAGACCAAGUCCAUAGUGGAACUCAUGGCAAUUCAGGAGAAAGAAGAGCAGGCCAUCAUCAUACCCCCUUCCACAGCAAAUGUAGAUAUUAGGGCUUUUAUUGAAAGCUGUGGCCACAGGAGUGCUAGCCUUCCCACCCCUGUGGACAAAGGAAGCCCUAGCAGUGUGCACCCGUUUGAGAACCUCAUAAACAAUAUGACUUUCAUGCUGCCUUUUCAGUUCUUCAACCCUUUGCCUCCUGCACUGAUAGGGUCACUGCCUGAACAGUAUAUGCUGGAGCAGGGUCAGGACCAAAGCCAUGACCCCAAACAGGAAAUCCACGGGCCUUUCUCCGACAGCAGCUUCUUGACUUCCAACUCCACACCAUUUCAGAUUGAAAAAGAGCAGUGUUUAAACUGUCCAGAUGCUAUACCUCAAAAAGAAGACAGUGCCCAUUUAAGUGACUCCAGCUCAUACAGCAUUGUUGCUAAGCUUGAAAGGACACAGUUAUCCCCUGAGGCCAAAGUAAAACCUGAAAGGAAUAGCCUUAGCACAAAGAAGGGCCGGGUGUUCUGCACUGCGUGUGAGAAGACCUUCUACGACAAAGGUACCCUCAAGAUCCACUACAAUGCUGUCCACCUGAAGAUAAAGCAUAAGUGCACUAUCGAAGGAUGUAACAUGGUGUUCAGCUCUCUGAGGAGCCGGAACCGCCACAGCGCCAACCCCAACCCUCGGCUCCACAUGCCAAUGAAUAGAAAUAACCGAGACAAAGAUCUCAGGAACAGCCUGAAUCUGGCAAGCUCUGAGAGCUACAAGCGUCCAGGAUUCACAGUGAUGUCCCCAGACUGCAGACCUCUCCCCAGCUACACUGUUUCAGAGGAGGAUUCCCAAGGCCAACCAGCCUUCUCGAGCAUUGGGCAAAAUGGUGUGCUUUUCCCCAACCUAAAGACAGUCCAGCCGGUCCUUCCUUUCUACCGCAGUCCAGCCACUCCUGCUGAGCUUGCAAACACUCCUGGGAUACUGCCUUCCCUCCCUUUGUUGUCCUCUUCAAUCCCAGAACAGCUGGUUUCCAAUGAAAUGCCAUUUGAUGUUCUUCCCAAGAAGAAAUCCCGCAAGUCCAGCAUGCCUAUCAAAAUUGAGAAGGAAGCUGUGGAGAUUGCUAAUGAAAAGAGGCACAACCUUAGCUCCGAUGAAGACAUGCCCCUGCAGGUGGUCAGUGAAGAUGAGCCAGAAGCCUGCAGCCCUGUGUCAGACAGAAUACCCGAGAAGCAGAUCUCACUGUCAGGAAGCUUAAGGAAGCCUCUCCCCCAAGGAGAAAGGCCCUGCCACCUCGAAUCAGUGAUUGAGUCCCAUGGAGCCAUGAGCCGAACCCCCGAUCAGGCCACACACAAUUCAGAGAGAGAGACUGAGCAGAAGCUAGCGUUGACCGUGGUGCCAAGGGAGAUUGAUGAUGACAGCCACGAACACCACUUCACACCUGGAAUGGAGCCCCGCAUUCCUUUUCCUGACUACAUGGAGCUGCAGCAGCACCUGCUGACUGGAGGACUUUUCAGUGCUUUAUCCAACAGGGAAAUAACCUUUCCUUGUCUCAAAGAUUCUAAAGAACUACAGCACGUGAGUCAGCAUGCAUUAGCAAGGCAGAAGGAAGAAACUCGCUUCCAGUGUGACAUCUGCAAAAAGACUUUCAAAAACGCCUGCGGUGUAAAGAUGCAUCACAAGAAUAUGCAUGCCAAAGAAACGCACAUGUGCACGGUGGAGGGCUGCGGUGCCACUUUCCCAUCCCGCAGGAGCAGAGACAGACAUAGUUCAAACCUAAACCUCCACCAAAAGGUGUUGAACCAAGAAGAAUUGGAGAGCAGUGAAGACCAUUUCCAUACAGCCUAUCUUCUGAAAGAUGUGGCUAAGGAGGCCUAUCAGGAUGUGGCUUUCACACAGCAAGCAUCCCAGACAUCUGUCAUCUUCAAGGGAACCAGUCGAAUGGGCAGUCUGGUUUACCCCAUAGCCCAAGUCCACAGUGCCAGCCUAGAGAACUACAACUCUGGCCCUCCCAGUGAGGGUACCAUCCUGGAUUUGAGCACUACCUCGAGCAUGAAGUCGGAGAGCAGCAGCCAUUCUUCCUGGGACUCCGAUGGUGCAAGUGAGGAAGGUGUGCUUAUGGAGGACAGUGAUGGGAACUGUGAAGGACAAGCCCUUGUCCCUGGGGACGAUGAGUACCCUCUCUGUGUCCUGAUGGAGAAGGCUGACCAGAGCCUUGCCAGCCUGCCUUCUGGGUUGCCCAUAACCUGUCACCUCUGCCAAAAGACAUACAGUAACAAAGGGACCUUUAGGGCCCACUACAAAACUGUGCACCUUCGUCAACUCCACAAAUGCAAAGUGCCAGGCUGCGACACCAUGUUUUCAUCUGUUCGCAGUCGAAACAGACACAGCCAGAAUCCCAACCUGCACAAGAGCCUGGCCUCAUCUCCAAGUCACCUCCAUUAACAAAAUGGCAGACCAAAAGCUGUGACAAAUGUUUCUCAUAAUUCAGGAAUAAGGUAGUCCAAAGAAAUGCUUCUGACUGUCUAAUACCAUUUGGGUUAAUCCAGGCAAAAAGUAUUUGAUUCACCUAUUUAGUUUUCUACAGCGGGAUAUGCAAAAGACAAGCUUCAUGGGAAGUUGACUUUGGGGCAGACCUUCCUAUUAUUAUUAAUUUUUCUUAACGCAGGAGAUUUUAACUGACACACAGAAAACUUGCGGAAGUGCAGUUUACUCCAGAUUUGUUUACACAUUCCCUGGUAGAGCUUCAGGUCUGCAGAUCAACAAUGGGGACCCAGGAGUUGGA